CCCGUCAGAAAUGUUUACAUCAUUUGAAGCGAUUUUGUGCCAAAUUUAUGACACUUUUUGACGGCUUUUAGUCACAAAUGGAUCCCAUUUUGCGAUUCGACAUCAAAUCCGAGUCCUUCUUGGACUGCAUUCGGCGUCGCCUUCGACCGCAUCUGCAGACUGCGCGGCCGGACGACGCCGACGGCCAGCCCUCGUGGGCGCCGCCUCUCGAGGCGUUCUGUUUCCACGGCAACGAAGCCCGCGAACGACACUUCUGGGCGACAGUGGCGUCGGGCGACCGCGUCGUCGCACAAGUGGUCGUUAAAAGCGAUUCCGGAUUCGCUUUGACUCUCAUUCGCAACGAAUCGCAACUUCUCUCAGAU